AUGCCCCUCUGCGCGACAUGUGAUGGUGUGGACGUUCGUAACCUCCUUCGUAUAUGCCUUUCGCAAUGUCGAGACAAACAAGAAGCUCUAUCCGAUGGCGAGACCUAUGAUAACAGACUCAACUAUGAGGGAUCCGAAGUUAAGCACCACGACGACAUUUUCGAGAUUGAGAAAUCAAGCCAAGACUGCGGUCUUUGUAAAGUCAUAUUUCAAGCCUUUAAGAGAACCAAUGUUCAUGAUGUAGAAAUUGCAAGAGGGUUGCAGAUUAUCUUCCGUGCAUCCUACAACAAGAUUGAAAUAAUGGAGAAGGACCCUGCCUCUAAAAGAUCAAUUGAAAUUGCUUCCCGCUGGUUGAAGAACUGUGUAGAGAGCCAUUCCUCUUGCAGGCCUCCUACUGAGUUACAGAAACCGCCCAAACGGCUGAUUCACGUCGGCAAUAAAACUCAGAAUCUCUUUCUGGUAGAAACCUUCCCUGAUCUCCAACACGUGGAAUGGCUUUCGCUAAGCUACCGCUGGAGAGAAGAGCCUUCGAAAAAGCUUACUGGUGACACUAUGAAUGAGUUGAAGAAUGGAAUCCCUUUGACCGACUUUGAUGAUACAAUUCAAGACGCCGUAUCAGUCACUCGAGACUUGGGCAUCUCGUACAUUUGGAUUGAUGCACUUUGCAUCAUCCAAGGUAGUAACGACUCUACUGGGGAGUGGAACGAAGAGGCUUCCAAGAUGAAUGAAAUCUAUGGAGGAUCAAUAGUGACUCUUGUCAUUGCCAGUUCAGCUUCUGUAAAGAAUGGAUUCCUGACGGAACGUGACCUCAAUUACAUUCCUGUUGCAUAUUCCACCAACCUAACGGAGGAUCGUAAAGCAAAAUUAUUCUUAUCACCAGAAUGGGACGAUAGUGAACGCGAAUACAACGGGGUCUGGACUUCUCAAAUUAUUUGGAAAUGCUGUGAGGAACAGAGAUUCGAAAGGGGUGUAACAGAACGUGUCGAAGAUAUAAUAUCUGAAACCUUGACCUACUCUGAUCAUGACGACAUAUCAUUUGGAUCUGGACUUUUCUGGCAAUUACCUGCAUUCUUGAAAUUCAAAGGAUUUAAAAAAUAUUUACCCAUCAGCUUGGAUUAUCCAUUGAUGUCGCACUCAGAUACAUUUCGUUUGUGGUACGACCUGGUGGAGGAUUAUACUCAGAGACGGUUUGAAAAUAUCAGCGAUCGUCUCGUAGCCAUCUCAGGCAUAGCUAGAAUAUAUGGCGACAUGAUUCGAAACCCUACAUACGUGGCUGGGCUGUGGAAAGAGGACCUCAUUCGGGGGCUUUUAUGGCAUGUUGAAGGUACAAUGCUCAUUCCUAAGCGUCCUACAGACGAUAUUCCAACUUUCCAUAAGGCUUUUCCAUCCUGGAGCUGGACCAGCGUUGGAUAUGAGGUUGUUAAAAAUGACUUGAAGACUGAUAAUAGUAUCCGUGCUUUGUCAGAAAUCGAGAACAUACAGAUCGAUCUUGUUGACCAAGAUCCUUUUGGUGCUAUAAAGCGUGGCAGUAUCACUAUAACUGGCCCUUUAAGGAGGCUACCAAGGCUUUAUAACAAGGAAUGGGCAUCGGCAGAAGCAUCGAUGUCAGAACUUGAGCGCCAUAUUUCUGAAAUCGUCGAGGAGGAAAGCCAAGGACCUGUUGCACACGAAUACUCUUCUUCGCCUGAAGGUCAUUUUAGUGUCCUGCUGAUGCUUGAAAAUAUGAAAUCUCUACAUCUACUUGUGUUGGAAGCUACUAGUAAAAUCAAUGUAUAUCGCCGAGGUGGGAUACUCGAACUCUGUUAUGUUGAUCCUUCAGGUUACACAUCGCCUGAGGUUAUUGCUACAUUGACGAAGAUGGAAACUUCAAUUCCCGCGCAGCUCGGCCCGCAUAAGAAGGCACGCACGAUGCGAAAGACUGCUAACGCUGCAUUUAUGGAGAUAAAGAGAGAGAACUGGGUGAAGGAAACAGUGAUGAUAGUCUAA